AUGCGUGGGUUUGUGCUGUUAUGUCUUGUCUUGGCUGUCGUCGAUGCAAGCGGUGACAAGAAGGGGUCGCUGGCGGAAAUCGUCCGUAAAAUACUUCUUGUGACUAAAGACGCUGGUUGGCCAUACCACCAAGACGCAGUUGAAUCGUAUACAGAAUACCUUAAGAACUUGGUAAGUUUGUUUGUAGAAGCGACUUCACUUUCUGUCAAAGCUUCAGUGAGGAUAGUUUUGGAGCGCGUUUUUAACAUCUUGGGAAGCGAAAUGACAAAAAAAAUGUUAUGUCCUGAAAAUGAUAUGAACAAAAAAAUGUGAAAAUUGCAAACUGUAAGACGCGUUAUCAUCAGUAAGCGGUAGAAUGUCGCUUUAGCUUUUUUCGUCGUUGUCAGUACAGUAGACCAGCAAAACAUUGCUGACAUUUCGUUUCUGAAUUGUGACAUUUCGUCAAGAACAAAUUUUUUUGGACUUUUUGUUUUUCAAUCUGUGAAGAAACAAGCAAUUCGUGCCAUUAUCUUAGCGCAUGUCACUAACACUGCCAAUAUCGGUGUUCUUUGGUUAAAAGCAGAGAUUGCCACGGUCGAAAUUUCGGCUCCGGCUCUUAGCUCCCAGAGCCGGAGCCGAGGCCAAAUUUGCAGAUCCGGCUCCGGCUCCCAUGAAAAAUUUAAAAAGGUCUUCGGCUCCGAAUCCCGGCUCCCAUUCAAAAAAAUUUUUAAAAUAUUUUUCCAAAUAAAAAAUUAUUAGUGCCAGAGAUCACACACCCAACGUUUUUGCAGUAUGCACCACAUCUUUACCAGUAUUUUUUAAGCAAUUUGGUUUAACAAGAUUAUGGAAUUUUUACUUUUUUGAACGCUGAGAAGCCGGGCUCCGACUUUGGGCUCGGGAGCCGGAGCCGCACCCAAAAUUACCGGCUCUGGCUCCCGGCCGAAGCCGCUCGGAGCCAAGAGCCGGCUCCGGAGCCGUGGCAAUCUCUGGUUAAAACUAUUAGAUCCAUUGUAGACAAGAAAGUUUUUAUUAUUGCCAGCAAUCCCGCUAAGCCCCUUCUUUCAGCUGGACACUAUUUCAAAAAGAGGAGGAAUCGACAUUGCACAGAAAAUCAAAGAACAGGACAACAACGUCCUCAACAUCAAAGAAAACAAUCCCAGAGGCCCGGAAUUCGACAAAGUUGUCAGCACAGCAAAAGAAAUACUUGAUAAACUGGUUCCCAAAGCCCAUGCCAACGAAGAACUGGAUCUUCGGACGUCCUACGCACUUCUGAAGAUCUUGUCAAAGGUUCGUUUUGUUCAGAACACGGUUAUUCCCGUUACGCACAAAACGGCGUACUUCCAUUUGAGAGUUUCAGAACGAAGUUAACGACCGGAUUCGCGGAAACCUCAAGAAGAUGAACCAAAAAUUUGGCCGCUUCCUUAAUGAGAUCAUAAUAUACAAGGAUGUUGGCAAAAAAAAACAAAUUUAUAGUAUAAUGGACGAUGUUGAAAACCUCCUUGAUGUGCUGAGCGGACCAAAAAUGACAGAGAAACAAUACCGUGAGGCUGUUAAAAAGAUCGAGGAAAAACUUGGCAAGAAGAAGCAGUGA